GGAGAAACGUUAGUUAUCUAAAAUGUUGUGAUUCAGGAACCGCUCAGUCGUGAGAAGAUUCGCAUAUGCGGGUGUUCAGUAAGGAAAUAUCUCGGAAACUCGAUAGCGAGACAUGGAAGAGCAGAAUAAUGGAACAGCUAGACAAAAAAGCAAGUCAAAGGGAGAAAGGCGUCGAAGUCGCCCAGAGGCGGAGUCUACACGAGAUGAAAUAAAACAGUUCAAGGAAAACCUUUUACAGUCCAUUCCUACAGGAGACGGGCCAAUAAUAUCUGAUAGCGAGCUACCAGUUCCAGAGUACUCAAGAUCGCGCUCUGCUUCGAAAGCGCGGGAAGCGCUGCACAUACCCGAUAACGUUUUGGCGGAACUCGAUGAAUCUAAAAUCUUCGAGCUCAAGGAGGCUUUUCUGCUGUUUGACCUGGACGGAGACGGGUGUAUCGACCACAACGACAUCCGUGGCACUCUGGUCAGCCUCGGCGAGAAGGUGGACGAGCAAGCAGUGCGCAGUAUGCUGGCUGAGGCACCAAACCCACUGGAUUUCGACGGCUUUGUGAACCUCCUGGGUUACCAAACCUUGGAGUUGGACUCUGAGGACACCCUUGUUGCCGCACUGUCUCGCUGGGACAAGGACAACUCCGGACUAAUUUCCGAAGAUAGAAUCCGACACGACUUGAUGACGUGGGGAGACCGGUUCACCGAAAAAGAAGCAAACUACGCCCUGGACGAGGCACCAGUGGUCCAGAAGAAUGGCAGUACAAUGAUCGACUACAUUCGUUUCUGCAGCCAGCUUUGCGGCCUACGGAAACAGAACAAAAAGCCUUAAUAAAACCUAUCAAGCCAAAUUAAUUUCACCAAAUUUAUUGGUCAGAUUACCUACAAUAAAGGCUAUUAAA